CCCACCUGGUGCCAGUGGAGCCCAGACUCUAAAGCCUAGAGUACCGUAGCAAAGCUCCGAACCAGAGCACAAGAAGAAAGGAGGACAUGCGCCCUUGGUUACCAUCAUUCCUCGACCUCUGAGUUUGGGCUGGACGCUUCCGGCCUGCAUGAAUGAGAAAGGUAGAUGAGCGGACAACUUGUCUGCACAACGAUGGGUAGUCGCUAGUGAUCGCACUUGCGUUUACAAACGGCGAGCCAUGAUCCAGAGAAAGGGACGAAAGCGUCAGCUGGCGGGCUGUGAGGUUGACGAAGAUGUGCCACUAGUUCUCCUAGCCAAGAGGGUGCAGCCCAUCAAAAUAGGUGACGGUGCAAAGAGACGACCCCAAGCAAGGGAGAACGACAUUCCUCUUCUGCCAACGAAGAUGGCCAAGAGAGUCUUGGGUAAAAGAGAUCCUCAGGAUGGAGAAACUCGAGAGGAGCGCGCCAGAAAGCGGAAAGCAGUGGAUAUGUCCAAACAAGGCCAGAAGCCCAAAGCUAGAGUGGUUUUAAAGAAAGAGGCGGGCUGUGUUAACCCAGAGAAGCAGAAGGGCAAAACGGAUGCUGCUUGCUUGCUUGCGCCUGCUUCGGCCGGUUGUGACGCCCAGGGACUGGGGACGGCGCAAUGUCAGCAGUUUCAGCUGCCGGCAAACUCGUCCUUUGCAUCAAGUGGAGCGGGCGGCCUGGAGAAGAUGGAGGUAGAUGGGGCGACAAGCCCAGUGAAACGAGCUUUGAGGGGGGCAGGUGGAAUUUGCCCCGACGUCCUCAGAUCUGCUUCAGAGUGCGGGCUGGAGUGUUCCGCUGAGGACUGCAAAGAGCAGCCUGUUCUCCUUCCCGCUGCCACUAGCGCUGACCUCAGCGAUGCACCCCUGGGGCCAAGCGGCCACUUGUCAUCCUUUCUCCGCGACUCGUUUGAACUGUCGAGCUGCCCCCUGCAGCAGGACAGUUUGAGAGGCGCUGAGUUGCCAAACCCUAACCUGGGGUUAGGAGCAGGGUUAGGGGUAGGGGUAGGGGUCCCCUCAGCAGAGAGGAUCACCACCCCGGAUCCAGGAAGUGUCGGAGACCGCAGCCCCUCGCCAAGCUCCCCUUCUUUGGCACCAUUUGUAGACGCGCCUCACAUGGCACCAAUCACAGAAACGCCCAGAAGGAAAAGUGCAGCAUCAAAACCGCCCCUAGAAAGCAAUGCUGUGGGGGGGAAGCUUCCGGAAGCGCCAGGUGUCGCCCCGCCAAGCAAUGCUGUGAGCCGGAGGCACAUGCCUGAGGGCGCCGCGUUCCCCCUGGAAAAGUUCCAGGCAGAGGAACUAGUAUGGGCGCGUACGGGCACGCGGUAUGACCCGUUUUGGCCGGCCAAGGUGGUGGAGAUGGCGGAUGUGCCCGAGGCCGUGCGGCGCUCGUUUGUACCUGACGCGCUGUGUGUGGAGUACUUUGGGCCGUCGUCGUCCAAAAAGUGGGAUAAGGAUUACUCGUGGGUAAAACGAGGCAACAUAUUUCCCUUCCUCGACUUUGCAACAUGGUUCUGCGGGCAGGAUCUGAAGAAGCGCGCCAAAGACUUCCGCGCCGCCGUUACGGCGGCGAUGCUUUCCACCUCGCGCCUCGACGGCCACCUCGACCCGGUGCCUCCUGAACUUCGCUCUAGUUCCUCCUCAACCACAGAACCAAACUCCGCCCAACUCACAGCCCUAGCGAUUGGUGCUACUAGUGCUGAGACAUCGGCGGCAGGGGGCAGUAAGGAGUGCAUCAGUUGUGGAGGUCUGGUGAAGAGAAAGGGGAAGCGAAAAGAGGGCCUCGACGAAGGGCAUGCGGUUGACCUGGAGAAAGUCUGUGAGGCGUGCUACAAGCUCUUCGAGAACAAGCAGUACUGCUGGGUAUGCAAGCAGAUAUGGCUGCCGAACCAGACGGACGGCUGGGUGGGAUGUGACAACAGCGAGUGCGGCUUCUGGAUUCACGCGGACUGCGAUGGCAUCAGCUCAGAUCGACUUAAGGCGAUGGAGGCAGAGGAUGCGGAGUACAGCUGUCCGCGCUGCCGAGCCAACCAGGAGACCGCGAAAGUGAGCUUGCCAGCAGCGCUGGCGGUGGAGUGCGACGGGAACGAGGGCGACUAUCUUCCUGCGGAGCACAUGAUCCGGUGCCGCUGCGAAGUGUGUCUCGGCCGGAAAAAGGUGGAUCCGUCCGCCUUUGAGCGGCACUCCAAGUGUCAAGAGGCCAACUGGAGAGAGAGCAUACGGGUGUCAAGGAUCAAAACCAGCCUCAGCGGAUGGCUGGACAUGAUGGAGGGCUUCAAGGCGGAGGGUCUGGCGUACACCGCAAAGCGGACGCAGGCGGCAAAGGCACACGACGCGCUGGCAAGCGUCCAGAAGCGUCUGGACGUUCCGUACACUCCGAUCCACGUAAAGUGGUCGGGGGAGCGCUGCGGGGUUUGUCACUCGGAAGAAGACUUCGAGGACGACGAACUCAUCACCUGCGACAGGUGUCACGUGACCGUUCACGAACUGUGCUACGGCGUCCGGCGAUCUGCUGCCGCGGAGAAGCACUCGGGGCAGCACGGAACCGGCACGCAGUCCCCGGGAAACGCUCACCCCGACAGUAGAAUCGGUAGCCCGGGGAAGCGGCCCAAGGUGUGGGUGUGCAGGGCGUGCGAGGACCCGCUUCUAAAGCCGCACUGCUGCCUGUGCCCCGUCAGAGGGGGCGCGUUGAAGCCCACUUCCAUCGAGGGGCGGUGGGCCCACGUGGCAUGCGCUCAGUGGGUGACGGAGACACAGCUGGCAGAUCCUGCGGGGGCGAUGGAACCAGUAGAGGGCAUCGAACGGAUCCCCAAGGCGCGCUGGGACCUGGUGUGCAAAAUCUGCAAGCAGCAGUGCGGCGCGCCGAUCCAGUGCCAGCAGGCGCGCUGUGUGCGCGCGUACCACGUGAUGUGCGCGCGCCUCGACGGCCUCUUCAUGGAGAUGGUCGCCCGCAAGGACGGCAUGGAGACGCGCAGCUACUGCCGAGUGCACAAAGCCGUAAAGGCGGAGAACGCGUGCGUCUCCUCCUCGCUAGACGCCGAACUCCUCAAGCGGGGGGUCGUGCCGUCGCGAGCGAAGCCAAGGGCUGCUAAGCGAACGCCAGUUGUGGGAGAGACUAGAAAAGAGGUGACUCCGUCGGGGGGAGGGUCUGCGGCCCGGUGUCGGCCAUACGUGCCGAAAAGCGAGCGACCGCAGGUGUUCGUGCGGCGGCGGCCGAUCCCCCAGCUGUAUGAGGGCGUGGUGCGCCAUGCGCGGCCGCAGUUAGAGUUUCUGCAGCAGCAGUGCGCCGUGCACACGCGCGCCGGCGACGACUGGGUCGCAAGGAGGCAGUCAGCCGCGCCAGAGGGCCUGUCGGUCUCUGGAAUGAUUGAGCACAUGCAGGCGACCGAGAAGUCGCGGCUGUCGUUCGGCAAGUCGGGCAUCCACGGAUGGGGCCUCAUCGCGCGGAAGACGAUUCUGGAGGGCGAUUACGUGGUCGAUUACCGGGGCACGCUGGUGCGGCCCAGCGUGGCCAACCUGCGGGAGAAGUACUACCGCCGAAUCGGCAAGGACUGCUACCUCUUCAAGGUCGACGACCAGCACGUGGUGGACGCCACCGAGACGGGCAACCUUGGCCGGCUCAUUAACCACUCGUGCGGCCCCAACUGUUACUCUCAAAUUACGCGCGUCGACGGGAUCACGCGGAUCAUCCUGCGGGCAAAGAGAGACGUCCAAGCGGGCGAAGAGCUGACGUAUGAUUACAGGUUUGCACAAGAGGAGGACAAAGACAGGGUGCCCUGUCAUUGUGGAGCGGCUAACUGCAGAAAGUUCAUGAAUUGAAAUUGAAAGAUCGAUGUUCUGGUGUUGAAACCGUGACAUACAAUGCAGAAUGCUUCGAAAACUAGAUGUUUCCUCAAGAAUCUGAUCUCUUGUCCCUUCGAUGUGUCAGCUAUUGGUGUAGAUUGUAAUCAGAGUCCGACCGCAUGGACGGAAGGACAUAGUCCCACAG